UGGGGCAAGAUCCGCGUCCGCAACGACGGAGAUACAAUGCGUGCGUCACUCGUUGGGAUCUCUCAGGGCGAUGGGAGAGAUGCGUCAUACAUUCGAUAUGAUAUUCUCGUGGACAGACUUGCCCACCUUCCCUCCGCUCCCUCUGAGUUCAUCUCACAAAUCUGCUAUGGACAACUACAGCGCAUUUUCCAUUUUGUUCUCCCCGCGAUCCCUACACACGCCAUCAUGGAGCCUACGCAUAUCGUUCUCGCGGCUAUUGAGGAGAAGUGCAAGAUAUGGCCGGGUUCGGACCGUCUAGGCCUCGGCAUUCACUUCUUCACACUAUCUCCUGGAGCCGUCUUCUAUGUCGACCUGACCACCGUUAAGUGCGUCGUCAGACGCGUCAAGGACGGACUUGGGAAAGAGGCGAUCAUUGACCGGACGGGAACAGUCACCCGGGGGCUAUAUGCGGACAACGAAGAAGAAGAGUGA